CUGCUGCUAGCGCUGCCAUUUCAUCAACAGCAACAUUCAUUUCAUAACAUUUUGCGGCCUUCAAAAACAGGAAACGAAAAAAAGAGAGUAGUGAAAAGAAAACGAACCCGUCGAAUGUAUCACAUUCGAAACGAGUGUGGUUUUAGACAAUAGUGUAGACUUCCGUCUACAAAUAAUAACAUUUUGUGGAGUAAAGCGUGCUGUGGAUUCUUCUCUUAGACCUAGGACGUUCGAGCCCGUUGUUAUCGUUAUAAACCGUAAUAAAGACAUAAGACCCGUCGUUGGAUCACUCCAGGGGAAUUGUAAACUGUGGUUUAUGUGUCGCUGUAAGACCUUUUUCCGGCGUUUGUUCUACGAAAGAGGAGACGAGCUUCUCGAAACGAUGGAACCUGCAGCAUUCGGGUUGUGAACGCCGCAACUAAACAACAAGCUAGACAGUAGUCACCAUGGAGGCGAUAUGGCUGUACCAGUUCCGACUCAUCGUCAUUGGGGACUCGACGGUGGGGAAGUCGUGUUUGAUCCGGCGGUUCACAGAGGGACGCUUCGCCCAGGUGAGCGACCCCACAGUCGGCGUAGAUUUCUUCUCUCGCCUGGUGGAGAUCGAGCCGGGGAAACGGAUCAAGCUACAGAUCUGGGAUACUGCGGGACAGGAGCGGUUCAGGUCCAUCACAAGAGCCUACUAUCGUAACUCGGUGGGCGGGCUCCUGCUGUUCGACAUCACAAACCGUCGCUCCUUCCAGAACGUUCAUGAUUGGCUAGAGGAGGCCCGGAGUCACGUCCAACCACACAGCAUCGUGUUCCUAUUGGUCGGACACAAGUGUGACCUGGAGCCUCAGCGUCAGGUGACUCGUCAGGAAGCUGAGAAACUCGCCGGCGCCUACGGGAUGCGUUACGUAGAAACCUCGGCCCGCGACGCCAUCAAUGUGGAGCACGCCUUCACGGAGCUGACCAGGGACAUCUUCCAUCUGGUAAGGAGCGGUGACAUCACUAUCCAGGAGGGUUGGGAAGGGGUGAAGAGCGGCUUCGUCCCCAACGUGGUCCACUCCUCCGAGGAGGUCACCAAGAGUGACCGGCGGUGCCUCUGCUGAUCUGGAGGGAUCACUAGAGAGAUCUCUGACUCAAGCCUGGUUUCACCUAGGUCCUCCUGGAUCCAUUUCAGCUCUAGUUUAGCAAUUACCCUCUGCUGAUCUGCAUCAGGAUGGAGGGAUCUUACCCACAACUACACUACAUGGCCAAAAGUAUGUGGACACAUCAAAUUAGUGGAUUUUGCUAUUUCAGCCACACCUGUUGAUGACAGGUGUAUAAAAAUCGAGCACACCGCCAUGCAAUCUCCAUAUACAAACAUUGGCAGUAGACUGACCUUACUGAAGAGCUCAGUGACUUUCAACGUGGCAUCGUCAUAGGAUGCCACCUUUCCAACAAGUCAGUUUGUCAGAUUUCUGCCCUGCAAAAGCUGCUCCGGUCAACGGUAAGUGCUGUUAUUCUGAAGUGGAAACAUUUAGGAGCAACAGCGGCCCAGCUGCGAAGUGGUAGGCCACACAAGCUCACAGGUUGUCAAGAUCGGUGUGGAAGAACUUGACUGGCCUGCACAGAGCCCUGACUUCAACCCCAUCAAACACCUUUGGGAUGAAUUGGA